AUGGUCAGAGGGAACACCGGCGCCAGGAGUCAAGAACAAAGCCAAGAUGAACCAAAACCAGUCCGAGGUCGAGGUCGAGCAAGAUUUACUGUAGCCCAAGACACAGAGGCAGGUCCUGAACAGACUCCACGCUCAACCAGCAGUCGAAGGGCUUCAACUAGAACUAGAAUCCAUUCAAACAAUCCCAAAGCUGCAGCAGAUAGAAGGGCCAGGCCGACAGAGUCUCCCAGGCAAUACUCAACGGAAGUAGUGAACAACGAAUCACCUAUAGAUUCAUUCAUUAGACAAAGUAAAAGCAGGGUUUUGACAGAAACUCGAUUUGAAAUCCCUAGCGCAUCUCUACCCAAACGACCUCCCUCUUACGAAGCGUUAAGGACAUCACCAGUUCCACCUGUUACCGAAAAUAUACCUGAUGAUGUCUUGACGCAAGACUUUGGUAGCACUGCCCGAGCUAUAUUGCAAAGUGGACCAGGAGUAUUUACUCAACAACUUUGGAAGUACCAUAAAAUCUCUUGCGGCAGCUUCACGGAGUUUUGCACGAAAAGAAAAUACUGCUCGAAGAGGUCCUGUUUUACGAUCAAAAUACCAAUCAUAGAAAGAGGUGACAUUCCUUCGCGUCGUUCAUCAGUUCGAGGUGAUCCUUUGCCUUCGUUGAAAGGUUCUGAUAUCACUUUAGACAGAGAGCAACCAGCUCGAUCCAAAAGCAGCUCGAAAUUAGUUGAAGCCAGAGAAAAACCAAAAGCUGAAAGUCAAAAAAUUUUAAACGAAGAACCGUUAAUCGAAGAGAUUCCUAAUGUGCCUCUUCAGCCAGAAGAACCAGAAAGUAUUUCAGGUCUAUCUGAGCAAAGCGAAGAGACUGAAACUCAACCUCUUGAAGUCUCCAGUGAGACUAUUUUAGAAGAAGAAGAACAACAAGAUUAUAAGAAAACUACCAGUUACGAAGUUUCUACACCUAGAACCACUGAACCUUCCGAACCUCGCAGAGUUGUAAAUGGUCGCCGAAAUGGAGGAAGAGGAAGAGUUUCAUCUACAGGCGUGUCUCAAACUGCAGCUCCAUCAAGAGUAAGAAUUACAAGACCGAGAUCAAGAUCUGACCCUGAACCUGCAGCCAGUUCGACUCGAAUUAAAAGUACUAGAAGAUACGACGAUUCAUCUGUUGCAGAAAGCAGAGUGCGAGGACCGUCGGUCUUCACAGCCGAACAAACUUCGGAAGUAACAAGUAGAUCUAGACCGGGAAGGCGUAUAGAUACUGGUUAUGACACAUUCCCACAAAAAGUCACCAUCGAGUUUCCUACGACAGUUAGAAGUAGAAGUUCCGGACGAAGAGUAUCUGCAGAAGCACAAACGACUGAAAAAUCCUCUGCAAGGAGUUCUAGCAGAGGACGUAGUAGGUCAAGUAGAGUAAUAGAUGUUCCUAUUCCUACAAGUUCAACUACUGCUAUUCCCGAGGUGUCUACUAAGGGCAGAAUAUACUCUGUCACCGAAUCAUCUUACGGAACCAGAUCAAGUAACAGAAGAUCAAAUGCAGCAGAUCAACAAGUAAUUCCAAGCAGGAAGGAAAGUACCAGAUCAAACAACGCGCAGGGCAGACAAUCUAGGAGACAAAAUCCUGUAGACAAUUCCUUUCGUCGUAGUAGCUUAGUCGAAUCAUCAGCACCACGUGUUGCCGUUCCAGAAUUAGGAUCUGUGAAUCGGGGAGCUUCCAAAACUCGAGUAGAUUCGCUUUCUACCACUUUACCACCAAUUACAGCAAAUUUAAGAUCAAGAAGUAGAUUUUCUGAAUCGCCUCCUAAAUUAGACGAAUCGAAAUUGGAGGUAUUACCUUUGUUCGAGCGCGAGCCUAAAACAGACUCUUCUGCUAGAUCUAGAGGACAAAGAUCUAGAUCUAGUGUUAGUAGAAGACAGAGCCUUGUAGAAGAUCCCAUGCAAUUCAGCGCUACGGAAAACGAUGUAAAAUUUGUCGAAAAACCAACGACGGCUUUUACUAGAGUUACUGUAACACGAACAGAAAGUGUAGAAGCGAGUACAAGCAGGGCUAGAAUGAGUACUCGCGUUGCUAGCUCCAGUAGUAGUACCACACCUAAAACUACCAGUACUCCAAGUUCUACGUUAAGCACCAGAAGAUCCACGGUUACUACCACAACUACGGGUACUCCAAUUAGAAGAUCAAGUUCUACUACAACGCAAAGUACAACUACAACAAAAAAGUGGGUUACCAAAGCGCCUCCUCUUAUCAAGGAGUCUGUAGUAGCGGAAGUGAACGAGGUUACGUCGAAAACAACCUUCACGAGACGAAAGAAGGUUCCGAAAACGAAACCAACAGAAUCAUCAUCCAGAGGGAGUAAGAAGGCUGAAAUUAAACUAACAGAAGCGGUUAAGAAGAAAGGUUCUGAAGAAGAUAUCGACGAGGAGGACAACUAUCCAGAGCCAUUUAAAGCCCUGCUUCAGGCGAAGAAAAAGGAGGAGUCAAGGUCGCCGCCUGCAUCUAACAGAGGCGCCACCAGCACCGAGAAAGCGUUCGUGACUUCUUCGAGUCCUUCGAGAGCGUCUUCGACGGCUCGUGUCGUCACGACGGCACCACCGACCGUCGUUAGAAAGCCUCAAGUGGUCAAUGAAAUCGUUAACGACAUCGAAAACGAACUAGACCCGAAAACCGUCAUUACCACCACUCCGCUUACCCCAACUCUAUCCAGGUUUCGCCCGUCAAAAUAUUCGGAAAAACCAAAAUUCACGCCCAAAUCGAAAGAUCGCUUUUACAAGCCGACCACCGAAAGAACGAAAAAAUUCGAAGAGAAACAUACCAAACCGACAGCGUACCCCCGAAAAUCUUUUACGCCGAAAUUGUAUUCUACCAAGGCACCCCAUGAGCACCAUGCGAAAAGGAAAGCCCUAAGAUCAACAGCGGUGCCGCCUUCAACCACUCCAAUAACGAGAGAGUCGAAGUUUUCUGCCAAAUUUGUACGCAAAGAGUUCAAAUCUCUCGAGGCCGAAACAACAGGAAAGAGUUCGAAAAGUUUGUUGACUAAAGGAAGUUACAGUAAUAGAAAAAAGGACAACGGAGAAGAAGAUCUCACAAAACAUAUCGAGUCUACCCCGUUACCUAUAAAGAAAUCAAAUUCGAGUCGGUUCAGUUCCCGGUACCGUAGCGAACUCCCACCGAAAACAGCGGUACUAAAAACAGCAACAUCGAAGCCGUACUACGUUCCCACUAUACCGACACCUGCCUAUACUCCCACGGUGCCGACUAUUAAGCCAUCUAUCGUACAGGACGAAGACGGAUAUGUAGUAGAGACGGACAAAGAUUUAGGCGUGGAAGUGAUCAGUUUCGAUGACCCUAUUAAUAGCAUACCCUCAGCAGAUUUGGUCAACGGAGAAUACUUGGCAACGGAUAAAAAUCUGAGACUUUCCUCCACGGUUAAAGAUGGCACUACUGAAAAGCCGGUGUCUAUAAUCGAGAGGAUAAUAAAUUCGAUAACAUCGAUAUCGACUACGGCCCUUCCAAACAUCACAACCACCAACUUAUCUACCACCACAGAAGCCACUGAGAAUUCGGCCAUCUUGAAACUGGCCCCUAAAAAAGCCACUACCAAAGACAAAACUAAACCUGACGACAGUACUAACGAGACUUCCGAGACUAUAACCAGCGAAAAACCGACGACGAUAAUCGAGAAAAUUCUUACUUCUUUGUCGGCCAUCCAAACCAACGAAGUAGGUACAUCGGACCUUAACACCGUAAGCAGUUCCUCUACUACUCCACUGUCCACUGUAACUAAAUAUUCAGCAAAAUAUAGAGAUAGUUCUGUAGGUACCACGUCGCUUCCUGCACCUUCACCCUUAAGCACUCCUACUGGCCAGCUGAAUGGCCUGGAGGAAAUAAAUGAGAACCAAGUUAUCGAGAAAAAGACCAUCGGAAAAUUGCUAGAUAUUCUAAAUGGUCUUGUUUCUACCCAAUCUCCAGACGAUCCCCAAAAAUUAGUUGUAGUCACGCCGAAGAUUCCUCCCAUUACUACCAUAAACAGCUUUGUUUCCACAACUAUUUCGCCACAGGAACCUUUAGAAGCAAUCUCUAUAAAUGAUAUUAAUUCUAAAGGACCUUUUGAUGUAUCUACUCCUUCUGCUUCAACGGAAACUACUCUAAGCACACUUUCUACCGAUGUAAAUACAGAUCCUUCUUUUUCGGCUACUAGUAUAGUUAAUGUAAAUAUGCCUACUAUGUCUAGUAUGGAUACAAAAACUCCCUCUGAAAGUACAACAGCCUCUAGCACUGAAACUAUCACCCAACCAGAUUCAAUAACCAAUACCAUGGCUAGUUCAGGCCCAACAACACAAUCUACCGUUCAGUCACAAGACACAACAACACAAAACAUUGUAGAUACCACACCGGUCGAUAUGCUUGCCACUACACUUCAAACACAACCGACAACUCCCAGCGGUGGUUCAACUACAUCAAACUUCUACACGGUUUUCUCCACUCUACCAACAGUUACGAACUUUGAAGUGAGUCCAGGAAGUGUUUCUAUAUUUUCAGCUAACGAUCUUUCUAAUUAUAUAACAUCUGACGAUAACUUAUUUAACACAGUAACUAUUAGUAGUAGACCGAAUGGGUUUGAUAACAAUGUGUUAACAUCUACAAUUACUACUCAAAGUCCUAGUGAAACUACUGGCACUGAAUCGACCACUGCGGUUGGAGUGUCAUCUUCAACUGAAUCUACAACUCUUAUGGAUUCUACUACUAUAAAAGAAACCACAAGUAUUAGUGGUUCAACUCCAGUUGAUUCUGCAUCUAGUAGUACAGAAUCGAGUACAGUUAUGACAACUGGAAUGAUGGAUAUGAGCACUACUGUGCCGAGUGCUACUACUGUAGUUCCUACUACAAUGAUGAGCGAUUUAACUACAGUAUUAAGUAGUACUGAAUCUAAUACUUCAACGAUGUCUUCUAACAGUUCUAAUACUAGUACUAAUGUCUUAUCGUCAUCUAACAGGUCCGGUAAACUUUUAUCGACUGAUUUAGGAAAUUCAAUUAACAAUAGAAUCGAUGUGUCCACCCCGUCCGCACCAAUGCCCUCCACUCCGGACUAUUUUAUUUUUGCGAUUCUUAACAACAAUACCAUCUUACGUAAACGACCCCCAACCAUACCUAAUAAAGAAGUGCCAUUCGUCAUAGUAGGGCUUUAUCCCAACAACACCGUCGUGAAGAAGUUCCCAAACGGAACUGAGAUUCCUAUGGAACAAAUCAUAAAGGUUAGAGGUUUUGAUACCAGGCCUGAUCCCCCGCCAUUGAUCGAAAUAACCAGUAACCAAGUAACAGACACCACCAAUGGAACCACCACCCCGGACAAUAAUAUAGCCACGGUUGAUUCAAAUAGAAUGGGAAGACUACUGGCACUUAAUCAAAAUCCGCCUACUGUUAGUACUACUAGUAGAAUGCCGUCUAGUACCACUAUGACUCAAGCCUCGACAUUAACUAACACUAAUACAGGAUUUAUGAGAACUACGGGAAGUUUACUUAGUAUGAAUUCAGUCGUAGAUAGCAUGACGUCUAGUACUACUGUAGCACCUGUAACUACUGCUGGAACUACCACUGUAAGAGCAAAUACGUUGAAAUCUAACGGUUUAGAGACAACUACAAGUAGUACCAGAACUACAACUCCUAAUAUUGUUCAAAUAUUAGCCGUACCGGGAGAGACUAGGAUUAGUAAAUCUCAAACAUCAACUAUGGCACCGACAAGUAUAGUAUCAUAUACUACUACUAAGAGACCCCCUAUUACUAGUACAGUUUCCACUACAACGCAGGAAUCAAGUACAGGAACUAAUAUUGCGCAAACUAGUACUACAUCUCAAUCUCUCACAAGUACUAUGUCGCAAACUGCCGAAACAAUUCCUCCAGCUUUAGGAGAAAUAUUAAAUGGGCGAACAUUUGAUGCCUUGAAUAAUUUAAUCAGUUCGGACGCGGUUACGACCACAAGUACACAGGCCCCUAAUUAUAAAACACUAAACGUAAAUCAGUACAACGAAGUUUUGAAUAUACAAGACUUGCUUAAUAGAAACAACGAAAGAGUUGUUUACAGAUGGAAACCAGUUACCAAACCGGACACAAUGAGUACUACAAAGAAUACUAUUACUAGUACUUUACCAAGUGCAACUACUUAUGGUUCAAGGGAAGCACCAUUUACAUCUCCACCACUGAUUACAGAGCGAAACACACAAAACCCUCCCACUACCGAUACGCUGUUAUCAUCACCACAUGUUUCGACACAAUCACCUGCCAGUACAAAAAUCCCUGAAACAACAACACUCUUAACAACCACUACUACUAAAACCACAAGUACGCAAACUACCACUCCCACAACCACUACAACUACCACCACCUUGCGUACAACCACUCCCACAAUUAAGUCAACCACUGAGAAGUUGCAAACAACCACGCAAAAGAGGGAUCUGACCACAACAAGGCCAGCAGUUCCCGUCAUCCAGCAAAUUAGAAGUACUGAGAGGCCAAGAACUACCACUGGAUUCCCCACACUCUUGCCGUCGACAAUUUUGCCAUCGCUUUUGACCACGUUAUUCCCUAAUUUGUUGAGAGUGUCAAGUCCCAGACCAUUUGUGUCAAGUGCCGGAAAUCCUUAUACCAGUCCUGUUUUCUCUAGUACCACAGAAAACCAUCGAUUUGAGGUUCUCUCCGCUGCCGGUACUACUGCUAAACCUUCAACAGUUCUUCCCCCCUCCUCAACAUCUCAAAGAAUAUCUACAACCACUACGCCAAGUACCACUACCCGUCCAACUACAACUCCAGCCCCAACUACUCGAUCCACCACCACAACCAGAUCCACCACUACUACCACUCGGCCCUCUACCACAACACGAUUAACUACAACUACUACCCAAGCUCCCACUACCACUCUCCUAACGUCUACCACCGUGUUCCCGCAAAAACCGAAAUCUGUACCACCAUCCACUACCUUGAGUACCAAGGACCAAACCGAUGCUCUAUUCGAGGAAUUGAAAAAAAGCGGAAAAUUGAAAAAUUUAAACGAAGAACAGAGGAAAAACUUGGAGGAGAUAGAGAAAAUCGAAAAAGAACAAGCAGAACUAUUGCAACAAUUAAGCGUUUUAACGACUAUGUUCGGUGGACAAAAUGCACAGUUGCCUAGUUUAUCCAGAAUACCGAAACAAAAUGUACAAAUAGCCGGCAAUAAUGAUAAUUUAGCAAACAGGAUAAUAUCUCUGGCAGUAGAACGAGAAAAAUCCCGAUCAACCACUACAAAACCACCACAAACGACAAAAAAACCUGUUACCAAAGCAACCACGCAAUCUACUACCAAGCGACCCAAUUCCAUUCAAGACCAACUUCCUAUCACUAAAGUAGAGAGUGCAACCAAGCGAACAACACCUUCAUUAGAUGAAAUAUUAAAACAAUAUAAUUUGGAUGGACUAUCUACACCUUCACCAUUAUCCUCUACGUACGGAAAAACCGACGAGGCACUUUUGGCAGCGAUUUUAAAGGAACAAGGCAUCGGACCUACAACUCCAAAGGACCUAGGCGAUAAAGUUAAACAAGCGGGAUUGUUUGAGGAGAAUCCGGCAACCAAAGCUCCAAGACCAAAGUCCAAACCAAGACCAGCACCGACGCAGCGACCGAGAGGAAGGUUAAUGCAAGGUUUAAAUUGGCUGUUAGAUUUUUUAGACCCUCCUACAACUAAAAGACCUGCUCCACGCAAGAAUAAGCCAAAGAAAACUAGCGGAGAUGAAGCUGAAUUGCUAAGCAAUCAGCCUACUAGAAUAACUCCUGUGGUUUCUGGAGCUCCCGUAUCCAAGCCAAAUUUAUCGCAAGAAGAAAUUCAAAUUUUAAUAAAACAGUUGGAAGCUGCUAGGAAUGACCCGAAAGCUGUAGAGAAUUUGGAUUUUUCCAAGAUUAAAAGUCUGCAAAAUUUAAUAAAUGUCAAUGAAGGUGUUCAGGUUACUUCUGCCGGUCAGCAUGGGACUACUUUGAGAGUCACAUCAAGGCCACGCAAAGUAAAGUCUACAGUUGAUGCUGACGAACUAGAUGGAUCGAAGAAGAAAUUCAGCCCGUCUACCGCCUCAACUUUGAGCGUGAGCAACAGUAUCGAUGACGACGACGCUUUUGACUUUUCGUCAACCACAACGAGAACCCGUCUUCUGCCACCUGUCAGUCUAAAUCCGGUGCCCGGAAUAGACGACCAGGAUUCUCUGAUCAGGGGUAAUCUGCUCACUGCUGCAGUUAAUGUGACCAGAGCUAUUUCGAGCUUUCUGGGAACAGCGCUACAGGGUGCUGCAUUCGAACUGAGACACGCUAUCGUCAGCUCUAGCGCCCUCGGAGCUGCUUCUGCCAGCUCUUCGAAAGGAGCUAGAGCCAGUAGCUCCACUUCGAAAUCAUCUAAAAGAUCUUCCUAAACUCGUUGUUCUAUUCGGAACAUUGCAAAAAUAUCCAGUUUGGGGGUGCGACGAGAGGUUUUAGGACACUUUUAAGUUCGGGAUCGUCACUAGUUGGAAAUAUAUCCCAAUCAUCCGGUGCAAGUUCAGCUGGAUGAGAAAUUUUAGGAAAUUCAAUUUAUUUAUUAACUACUCUGAAAGAAAAGACAUUAAAAAAUUGCGUGACUGUUUUUGUGAACCACGAAGUUUCCCUGGAUGCCAUUUUGAAACUUCUUAAUCUACUCAUUAGUGUCUAGUACAAUAAAAUGGAUUAACAGACAAUGUGGUACCUUUGAUUAAAAUCAUGAAUACAUUAUCUUUUUUCUAUAACUCAGAUUCAGCAUUGUUUAUAGUUUACAAGAUCUAUUGUUUAUUUUUACAGAAUGAUUUGACUGUAAUUUAAAUUAAGUUAUAUUGCGUGUAGUUUUUCUUGUUAAAGCUCAACGAACACGGUUACUUGUUCCUUUAACAAGAAAUAGCAGUUGUAAUGUACGGAAAUAGUUUAUUAUUUCCGUAGGUUACAACAAUCCUUAAAUUUAUAAGAACCUUUUUUUAUCUAGCUAAAUAUAUAUUUUUCUUUUGCACUUGCCAAUUAAUGUGAUAAGAAUGUCUCCUAUUUAUGUUAAUUUCUGAUGAAAACAAAUUUAUUAUAAGAGUUAAAAUUAAUAGUUAACUAUAAUGUGGCUGGUUUGAAGAUAGGGUAAUUUAUAAAGUGUAUUUGUACGAUAGUCCUAUUUAAUUUGUAUAUAACUGAUUUCCAAUAUAUUAUCUAUUGUAAAAUAAUACUCUUCU